CCGCUUCGACGUGAUAUGGUCGACAUUGUAGUUUUACAUGCAAUCCACCUUCAUUCCACGACAUUGUCAACUCUCCUAGAUCUUCGAUCUCCAACAAAUCGCGCUCCAUGACUCCUUGUCAUUAACAACGGGACCAAUGGCGCUGACUCGUAAUGCUGGACGGCAACAGACGGCUUGACGGCAUCUCGAGGUGUUGUCCGCGAUAUCGGCUCCACCGGCCAAUACAUAGACAUCAGGCUUCGCACGUCAACCUCACGAGUCAUUUUCCUGCCACGUCUACAUCUCUCCUGUCUGAACCAAUACCCAUUGAAUUGUACAUAAUCCCUAUUCCAACCAUGAAGAUCCUCAUCACCGGGGCGGGCGGCUUCCUAGGCCAACUGCUAGCCGAACACCUCCUCAAAGAACAGCACCACCUAGUCCUCACCGACAUCUUCGAGCCUCCCGUGCCAGCAGGCGCGGCAGCCUUCAAACAAAAUGUCACCAGCAUCAAAGCCGACAUCCUCGCCGACCCGCACGCCGUCCUGUCCCCCGACCUCAACGCAGCCUACAUCUUCCACGGCAUCAUGUCAGCCGGCAGCGAGGAGAAUCUCGAUCUCGGCUACUCCGUCAACCUGCACAGCUCGAUGGCGCUGAUCGAGGCCAUCCGCAAAACGUGCCCGGGCAUCCGCGUCGUGUACGCUUCGUCGUGCGCCGCGUACGGCCAGCCGCUGCCGCACAAUCCCUCGGAAACGAACAUCCCCACGCCGCAGGGGAGCUAUGGCACGCAGAAGGUGAUGAUGGAGUACUUUGUCAACGACUACAGUCGCCGCGGCUACAUUGAUGCCAUCACCCUCCGCUUCCCUACCAUUUCCGUGCGCCCGGGCAAACCUUCUGCUGCAGCUAGCAGUUGGAUGAGCGGCAUCAUCCGCGAACCACUGCAAGGGCAGGAAGCCGACUUGCCGUGUCCAGACGACUUCGAGUGCUGGCUCGGCAGUCCCAAGAUCCUCGCGCAGAAUCUGAUGAUUGCGCUCAAAUUGCCCAGCGACUGUAUGCCGCCGCACAUCCGCCAGAUCAAUGUGCCGGGUAUCACAGCGACGGUCGGCGAGAUGCUGGCUGCGUUGAAGAAGGUGGGCGGCGAGGAGGCGGUCAAGCUGGUAAAGCGGAAGCCUUUGACGCCGGAUGUCAAGGCUGUGUUGGAGUCGUGGUCGGUGCGGUUUGAUGUGAGCAAGGCGCUGGGUUUGGGCAUGUUGCCUGAGCAGCCUUUUGUGGGGGCGGUGGAGGAUUUCGCGGCGAGUUUGAAGAAGUAGAAUCGCGGUGCUUCAGAUAUCCUAAUGCUGUCGCUUCCAGACAACUAAAAGCAUGUCCACCACAUCAUAUUCAUCCCUCCUAAAUCAUAAAUCCAUGGCUCGUUCAACAGAUCACCAUCCCCUACCCAUCCCCAUUCAAUAACCCACCCCCGCAACCACCGCGCCCAUCCUCCUCAGUUCCCCCUCAAAAGCCUCAACAAAAGGCCCCAACUCCGCCGCAACCAUCUCCUGCGACCCCUCCCUCAACCCCCCCAACGCCUCCAAAUUCUCCCCCAAAACCCGCUUCCGCGCCACAAAAGCAUUCACAACCUGUCCCGUCGUCGACCCCGUAGGCACCCCC